AUGCCUGAAUGCAGUGAAAGUAUUGUAGAAGAAUCAAAUAUAUUUAAAGAACAAGGUAAUGAAGCAUUCAAAUCUGGAGAUUGGCUAAAAGCUUUACAAUGCUAUACUUCUGCGUUGAACUUACUUAAAGAAAAUAAUCGUGAAAAAUCAAUAUUAUACAAAAAUCGAGCUGCUGUGUAUAAUAAACUAUGUGAAUUUGAAAAUGCAAUUCGUGAUUGUAGUGCAUCAUUGGAUAUUGUAGCUAAUGAUCCAAAAGCAUUGUUUCGACGCUGUUGUGCUUACGAACAACUUGGAAAACACGAAGAAGCGUAUGUGGACGGUAAACAAUGUCUGUUAUCUGAUCCAAUGAAUAAAGAGAUACAACCCAUUUUGUCAAGAUUGCAUCCAAUUGUACAAGCAAAGUUAAGAGACAAUGCUCAACUAUCAAACAAAAUUGACAGUAUGUUUAAAUAUGCUUUUACUAUUGAAGAAAAUAUAGAAAAACGAAUUACAGCAAUUAAAAAUCUACUGGUUUUAUCUAAAGAGUCUAGUAGUGGAUGUAAUGGUUUAUUAAAGUCUGGUAUAAUUAGUAAAAUUAAAAGUCUUUUGAAGAAUGAUAAUCAUAAUGAAGUGCGUAUAAAUGCUUUGAGAAUAAUUGGUCAACUUUGCAAAAAUGAUGAAACUCGUACUAAACAAGUCUUAGUUGAUUUAGGUGUUCCUUGGUUUAUAGACUCAUUAAAUACAGAAAUUCAAAACGAAAUUAAUGGUGUUACAUUUAUUAUACAAGAAGCACUGAACAGUUUAACAGGCAUGUCUAACACAUUGGAUAGUUCGCCGAAUGAAGAAAAAUGUAAAAAAAACUCUAAAGAAAUUGAUGCUAUUUUGACAUGUUUAGUUUGUUCUGUAGAUCGGCAUUCAAUUAAUAAGUUUGCAAGAGAUUCUAUUAUUGAAAUUUUGACAAGAAAUGUUCAUUAUAACAAUAUCAACUGGGCUGAACGUUUAAUCGAUAUGAAGGGAUUACAAAGAUUAUUAGAAGUAGCUGCUGAACUUAUUGAAACCAGAUACGAAUCAAAAAUGGAUAUAACUGAGUAUUCGCAUACAAACGUCUCUGUUUGCUUGUCAACAAUUUAUGAUAACAUGACUUGUGACAAAUCUCGAGAAAAAUAUAUGUCUGCUGUUGAUGAGUUUCUUAAAAGAAUGCUUCUAGACCCAGAUAUAGAAUCAAAAGUUCGAGCUGUGUCUACUAUAUCAGUACUACUUUUGGGGCCAAUAGAUGUAGGAAAUUCAAUUAUAUCAAGAGACGGUAAAUUUAAAAUUGACUUACUAAUAUAUUUUUAUUAUAUCCCUAUUUGAUACUUAUCUAUAAAUACUUAAUAUAUGUUUGUAUUAUAGGUAUUAUAGAAAUGAUUCUUGCUAUGGCUACAACUGAUGAUAAAGUGCAGCAAAGAAUUGCAUGCGAGUGUAUUAUUGCAGCUACAUCGAAGAAAAGUAAGAUUACACCAAUUGUAAAACAAGGUACCCAAAUUUUAAAGAAUCUUUACAAAAGUGGCGAUGAUGAUAUUCGCAUCCGUGCUUUAGUUGGGUUGUGCAAGCUCGGCAGUAGUGGUGGAACUGAUGCUUCUAUACGCCCCUUUUCAGAAGGUUCUACACUUAAAUUAGCUGAAGCUUGUCGUAGAUUUUUAAUACAUCCUAAUACCAAUCCAGAUACAAAACGAUGGGCUGUAGAAGGAUUAUCUUACUUGACAUUAGAUGCUGAAGUUAAAGAAAAGCUUAUUGAAGACGGAGCAGCAUUACAAGCUAUUAUGGGAUUAGCUAAGUCAGAGAAAACAUCUGCGAUGUAUGCUCUGGUAUCAAUAUUUGUAAACUUAUGUAAUGCAUAUGAAAAGCAAGAAGUAAUACCUGAAAUGAUUGAACUUGCUAAAUUUUCCAAGUGUCAUGUACCUGAAGACCAUGAGCUGGAUGAUACAGAUUUUGUUAAUAAGAGAAUUGUAUUAUUAUGUAAAUAUGGGAUUGUUACAGUACUUGUACAAUUAUCAAAAACCGAAAGUAUAAACAUUAAAGAACUUAUUUCACGUUUAUUUAAUGCUAUUUGUGCUUUACCUGAGAACAGGGGCGAAGUAGCUAAAUUGGGUGGCAUAAAAGCUCUCUUAGAACUGGCUCAUUCAGGGUCACCGAAAGGGAAAAGAUUAGCGGCCCAAGCUCUUGCAAGAAUAGGAAUUUCAAUUAAUCCAGAAGUCUCAUUCAAAGAACAACGUUGUCUAGAAUCUAUACGGCCAUUUCUUGGCCUUUUACAUCCAGACUGUUCUGCUUUAGAGAACUUUGAGUCAAUGAUGGCUCUUUGUAACAUGGCUGGUGUAAAUGAAAGAGUCCGGAAAAAGAUAUUAGACACUGGUGGAUUACAGCUUAUUGAGAAUUAUCUAUUUGAAGAACAUAUAAUGCUUAGGAGAGCAUCUGCCCAGUGUUUUACUAACCUUAUGAUGUCUCACGAAGUCAUACAAAUUUUUGAGGGUGAGAAUGAUAAAUUAAAAUUAUUAUUUUUACUGUGUGAAGAAGAAGAUGAAGAUACAGCAUUGGCCGCUACUGGAGCAGUCGCAAUAGCUGUAUCAAAUAGUGACAAAUGUUGUAAAAAGCUAAUGACAUUUAACAAUUGGGAAGAAUCUUUGAAGGCAUUAUUAGCACAUCCUGAUAAUGCAAUGCAGCACAGAGCUUUGGUAAUUGCUCAUAGUUUAAUAGAAUCAGACAAAGAAAUUGCAGAAAGAGUUUUUGCUACUGAUAUUAUGGAAGUAUUAAUGGCGCUGUCAAUAUUGAAAGAUGAGACCAAAAAAGAUAUUAGAGAAAUGGCUGAAAAAUGUUUAAUACUAGCCGAAAGUUUGAAAUUAAUUAAAAAAGCCAAUACAGAAUAG